CGGUGCACGCUGGUAGCUGUCACCAGGCCCUGGGCUGGCGGCCUUCGUGCGGCUGCCGCGGUUGCCAGGAGAGCGGCGCCGGCGGGGAGCGGCAGAGCCCGCGGCAGAACACAAAACAGCAGUAUAGGUGCCACAGAUGAACUGUCAUUGAGUGACAGCUGACAAUCAAGUACACAGCAAUCUUAGUUCUUUGAAUUGAGCAGAUGAAGAAAUUCAGACUUGAGAAAACAAAGUGAUUGGUUCAAGUCAUUCAUCUGGGGAUGAUUUUGCAUGACUUUGGAACUGGUCUCUAGCGGGACCUGGUGGGAGGAUGAACACAGAAGAGCUGGAGUUAUUGAGUGACUCCAAAUACAGAAACUAUGUAGCUGCAAUUGACAAAGCACUGAAGAAUUUUGAAUACUCCAGUGAAUGGGCAGAUUUGAUAUCAGCACUUGGAAAACUCAACAAGGUUUUACAAAAUAAUGCCAAGUACCAGGUAGUACCCAAAAAACUGACCAUAGGCAAACGCCUAGCUCAAUGUCUGCAUCCAGCAUUGCCAGGUGGAGUUCAUCGGAAAGCACUUGAAACAUAUGAAAUCAUCUUCAAAAUCAUUGGACCUAAGCGACUUGCCAAAGAUCUUUUUUUAUAUAGUUCUGGGUUGUUUCCUCUACUUGCCAAUGCUGCUAUGUCUGUGAAACCAGCACUGCUCAGCUUGUAUGAGAUAUAUUACCUGCCUUUGGGAAAAACUCUGAAACCUGGCCUCCAGGGAUUGCUGACUGGUAUUCUUCCUGGCUUAGAAGAAGGAUCAGAGUAUUAUGAGAGAACAAACACAUUGCUAGAAAAGGUUGCUGCUGCUGUAGAGCAGUCGGCAUUCUACAGUGCCCUCUGGGGCAGUCUGCUCACCAGUCCUGCUGUGCGCUUGCCCGGAAUCACAUAUGUUCUGGCCCAUCUGAACAGGAAGCUUUCAAUGGAAGAUCAACUGUAUAUAAUUGGCAGUGACAUCGAGCUCAUGGUAGAAGCAGUAAGUACUUCAGUGCAAGACUCAAGUGUACUUGUACAGAGAAGCACACUGGACCUCAUCCUCUUCUGUUUUCCAUUCCAUAUGAGUCAGGCCACCCGACCAGAUAUGAUCAGGAUCUUGUCAGCCGCCCUUCAUGUAGUACUAAGGAGGGAUAUGUCCCUGAACCGAAGACUUUAUGCAUGGCUUCUUGGUUUUGAUAACAACGGUGCUGUCAUAGGACCCAGGAGCACAAGACACAGUAAUCCUGAAGAACAUGCCACUUACUAUUUUACAACCUUUUCAAAAGAAUUAUUAGUCCAGGCCAUGGUGGGAAUCUUACAAGUGAAUGGAUUUGGAGAAGAAAGCACACUCAUGCAGGAUCUAAAACCUUUUCGGAUUUUAAUCAGUUUAUUGGACAAACCUGAGCUAGGACCUGUCAUUUUAGAAGAUGUUCUAAUUGAGGUAUUUAGAACAUUGUAUUCUCAAUGCAAAGCAGAAUUGGAUCUUCAGAUGGAACCACCCUUCAGCAAGGACCAUGCUCAGUUAAGCAGUAAAUUAAGGGAAAACAAGAAAACAGCUGAGCUGAUUAAAACUGCGAAUCUUCUCUUUAAUUCCUUUGAACCUUAUUAUAUGUGGGAUUACAUUGCACGCUGGUUUGAAGAAUGUUGUCGGAGAACACUGCAUGCCAGACUUCAGGUUGGGCCUGGAGACAGUAGUGACUCAUCUGAGUUACAGCUGACCAAUUUCUGCUUACUGGUGGAUUUUUUGUUGGAUAUUGUCUCUUUGCCUACUAGAAGUAUGAGGGUGCUGUGUCAGGAAACUUAUAUUGAAAUCCAGACAGAACACCUGCCCCAGUUACUACUAAGGAUGAUUUCUGCCUUGACAAGCCAUCUCCAGACGUUACGCUUGUCUGAGCUCACAGAUUCUCUAAGGCUCUGCUCAAAGAUCCUUAGCAAGGUUCAGCCCCCACUGUUAUCUGCUGGCACUGGAGGUGUGGUACAGUUUCCAAGUGGGCAGAAGAGCACAGUCAAGGAAUGGGAAGACAAAAAGGUAUCUUCAGUUUCUAUGGAAAAUCCUACUGAAGUAUUUGAAGAUGGAGAAAACCCACCAAGUAGUCGAUCAUCAGAAAGUGGCUUCACUGAGUUUAUACAGUAUCAAGCAGACCGAACUGAUGAUCUUGACAGAGAGCUCAAUGGACAGGGGACAGCUCCCAUCCCCAUUGGCAGCACGUCUUCGGAGACAGAGACAGCAUCCACAGUGGGAUCUGAAGAAACUGUCAUCCAGCCGCCUUCCACCUUCACUCAGGGACCAGCAGCCCGGAGUGGGAAGGCAGCACAAAAGACUACAAUGCAGUGCUGCGUGGAGUAUGUCCAGCAGUUCCUCUCCAGACUCAUCAACCUCUACAUCAUUCACAGUGACUCCCUUUCUCAGCCUUUGGCUGCAGACCAUCAGGGAGAUCUCCGUCGACUGCAAAGAGAAACUUCAAAAUGGGACAGGGAUUCCCAAGGGGAUGCAAAAGAAAGAAGCAUACAUACACCAAAAACUUCAAAAGAAUACCUUUCUGCCUUCCUUGCUGCCUGUCAGCUCUUCUUAGAGUGCUCAAGUUUUCCAGUCUACAUUGCAGAGGGAAACCAUACCUCAGAGUUACAUUCUGAGAAACUUGACACUGACUGUGAACAUGCACACCCUCCACAAUGGCUCCAGACUCUGAUGAGCGCUUGUAGCCAAGCAAGUGAUUUCAGUGUUCAGAGUGUUGCUGUGUCUCUAGUCAUGGACCUGGUGGGACUGACUCAGUCUGUUGCCAUGGUCACUGGGGAAAGUAUCAACAGCAUGGAGCCUGCUCAGCCCUUAAGUCCAAACCAAGGAAGAGUAGCUGUAGUUAUCAGACCUCCCCUCACACAGGGCAAUCUGAGGUACAUAGCUGAGAAGACUGAAUUUUUCAAGCAUGUGGCCUUGACAUUAUGGGACCAGUUGGGAGAUGGGACACCUCAGCACCAUCAGAAGAGUGUGGAGCUGUUUUAUCAGUUACAUAAUUUGGUUCCUUCUUCUAGCAUCUGUGAGGAUGUUAUAAGUCAGCAGUUAACCCAUAAAGAUAAGAAAAUAAGGAUGGAAGCACAUGCAAAGUUUGCAGUUCUUUGGCAUCUAACAAGGGAUCUCCACAUAAAUAAGUCAUCUUUUGCACGUUCCUUUGACAGGUCACUGUUCAUCAUGUUAGAUAGCCUUAAUAGUCUUGAUGGUUCUACCAGCUCUGUGGGACAAGCCUGGCUGAACCAGGUGCUACAAAGACAUGACAUUGCAAGAGUGCUGGAACCAUUAUUACUGCUCUUGCUGCAUCCAAAAACUCAGAGGGUUUCAGUGCAGCGUGUGCAAGCAGAACGUUACUGGAGUAAGACCUCCUAUUAUCCAGGAGAGGAAAAUGACAAGCAUUUCAUGCAAAAUUUUACCUGCAACAAUGUAAACCAAGUACACCUCAUUGCAUCAAAAGGAAAUGGUGAAAAGCCUCUGACUAUGGAUGAAAUAGAGAACUUCAGCCUCACUGUUAAUCCAUUGAGUGACAGACUUUCUCUCCUCAGCACCAGCAGUGAGACGAUUCCAAUGGUUGUAUCUGACUUUGACCUCCCAGAUCAGCAGAUGGAAAUACUUCAGAGCUCUGACUCUGGGUGUUCUCAGUCUUCUGCCGGAGACAACUUUAGUUAUGAAGUUGAUCCUGAAAAUGUGAAUGCUCAUGAGGAUUCUCUCAUGGCAAAGGCAAGCUCCCCAGAUGAUGACGUUCAGCAAGUGGUCUUUGACCUGAUAUGUAAAGUUGUGAGUGGCCUGGAAGCAGAAUCUGCAUCAGUUACAUCUGAGUUAGAAAUAGAAUCUCUGCUGCCAAAGAGUAGUGAUUUAGAUGCAGGUAUAGAGACUACUAAAAGUGAAGAUCAAGCCCCUCAACACAGUCAGCAUGCUCUGCUGAGUGAUGACAGCCCUCAGUUUCUCUCUGUGUCUGUAGAGGAAGGCUGUGAGUGCUUGGCCAAUGGGAUCUCCAGAAAUAGCUCCUCACCUUGCAUUUCAGGAACAGCACAGACUCUCAAUGAUUCUUCUGUUUCCACAGAAACCAAAUCUAGACAAAGGAGUCACAGUAGUAUUCAAUUUAGCUUCAAAGAAAAAUUAUCAGAAAAAGUCUCAGAGAAAGAAACAAUUGUUAAAGAAUCAGGUAAACAACCAGGCGCAAAACCCAAGGUAAAGCUUGCCAGAAAAAAGGAUGAGGACAAAAAAAAAGCUGCAGGUGAGAAAAUGAAACAAACAAAUGUAUUCUUCAGUGAUGGCCUGGACUUAGAGAACUGGUAUAGCUGUGGUGAGGGCGAAAUUUCUGAAAUUGAGAGUGACAUGGGUUCUCCAGGAUCACGGAAAUCUCCCAAUUUCAACAUCCAUCCUCUCUACCAACAUGUGCUCCUGUAUCUACAGUUGUAUGAUUCAUCGAGGACUCUGUAUGCUUUUUCUGCCAUCAAAUCCAUCUUGAAAACUAACCCCGUUGCUUUUGUAAAUGCCAUUUCAACCACAAGUGUAAAUAAUGCUUAUACUCCUCAGCUGUCACUGCUUCAGAAUCUAUUGGCCAGACACCGAAUCUCUGUGAUGGGCAAAGACUUCUAUAGUCACAUUCCAGUGGAUUCAAAUCAUAACUUCCGGAGUUCCAUGUACAUUGAAAUUCUUAUUUCUCUCUGCUUAUACUAUAUGCGUAGCCAUUACCCAACUCAUGUCAAGGUCACUACCCAAGACCUAAUAGGCAAUCGAAACAUGCAAAUGAUGAGUAUAGAAAUCUUGACUCUCCUCUUUACAGAGCUAGCAAAAGUAAUAGAAAGCUCUGCAAAGGGUUUCCCUAGUUUUAUCUCUGAUAUGCUGUCUAAGUGCAAAGUUCAGAAGGUAAUUCUUCAUUGUUUGCUGUCAUCUAUCUUCAGUGUACAGAAAUGGCACAGUGAAAAAAUAGCAGGUAAGAACAUGGUUGCCGUGGAAGAAGGCUUCUCAGAAGACAGCCUCAUCAAUUUCUCAGAGGAUGAGUUAGACAAUGGCAGCACACUCCAGUCACAGCUUCUUAGGGUACUUCAGAGGCUAAUUGUUCUAGAACACCGGGUGAUGACGAUUCCUGAAGAGAAUGAAGCAGGUUUUGAUUUUGUUGUGUCUGAUCUGGAACACAUCAGUCCCCAUCAGCCUAUGACUUCUCUUCAGUAUUUGCACGCUCAGCCAAUCACGUGUCAAGGCAUGUUCCUCUGUGCAGUGAUCAGAGCUUUGCAUCAGCACUGUGCGUGUAAGAUGCAUCCCCAGUGGAUUGGCUUGAUCACAUCUACUCUGCCUUACAUGGGAAAAGUUCUGCAGAGAGUUGUGGUUUCUGUGACACUGCAGCUGUGCAGGAACUUGGACAAUCUCAUUCAGCAGUACAAGUACGAGACAGGAUUAUCUGACAGUAGGCCUUUGUGGAUAGCAUCAGUUAUUCCACCAGAUAUGAUUCUUACUCUUUUGGAAGGGAUCACAGCCAUUAUCCAUUAUUGCUUGUUGGAUCCGACUACCCAGUAUCAUCAACUUUUGGUCAAUGUAGACCAGAAACACUUGUUUGAAGCUCGCAGUGGAAUCCUCUCAAUCCUUCACAUGAUUAUGUCCUCUGUAACUCUGCUCUGGAGCAUACUGCACCAGGCUGAUGCUUCAGAAAAGAUGACGGUUGCUGCAUCUGCAUCAGUUACUACAAUCAAUCUGGGAGCCACAAAGAACUUAAGACAACAAAUCCUGGAAUUAUUGGGACCCAUUUCAAUGAAUCAUGGUGUUCAUUUCAUGGCUGCCAUUGCAUUUGUAUGGAAUGAAAGAAGACAGAAUAAAACCCCUUCCCGGACCAAGGUGAUUCCUGCAGCCAGUGAAGAACAGCUUUUACUAGUAGAACUGGUUCGCUCCAUCAGCGUCAUGAGAGCAGAAACUGUUAUCCAGACUGUGAAAGAAGUUUUAAAGCAGCCUCCAGCCAUAGCCAAGGACAAGAAACAUCUUUCUCUGGAAGUCUGCAUGCUUCAGUUUUUCUAUGCUUAUAUACAAAGAAUCCCAGUGCCCAAUUUAGUGGACAGUUGGACAUCACUAUUGGUCCUUCUGAAAGAUUCUAUACAGCUGAGUCUUCCAGCCCCAGGGCAGUUUCUUAUACUUGGGGUUCUGAAUGAGUUUAUUAUGAAAAAUCCUAGUUUGGAAAAUAAAAAAGACCAAAGAGACCUUCAGGAUGUGACACACAAAGUAGUGGAUGCUAUUGGUGCAAUUGCUGGUUCCUCUCUAGAACAGACAACAUGGCUCCGACGGAACCUUGAAGUCAAGCCUUCUCCCAAAAUAAUGGUGGAUGGAACCAAUUUGGAAUCUGAUGUUGAAGAUAUGCUAUCACCUGCAAUGGAAACCUCAAACAUAACUCCCUCUGUAUAUAGUGUCCAUGCACUGACAUUGCUUUCUGAGGUAUUGGCUCAUCUUCUGGAUAUGGUUUUCUACAGUGAUGAAAAAGAGCGUGUUAUCCCUUUACUUGUAAACAUUAUGCAUUAUGUUGUACCCUACCUCCGAAAUCACAGUGCACAUAAUGCCGCUAGUUACCGAGCCUGUGUCCAACUGCUCAGCAGUCUUAGUGGGUAUCAGUAUACACGGAGAGCCUGGAAAAAAGAAGCCUUUGACCUUUUCAUGGAUCCCAGUUUCUUUCAGAUGGAUGCUUCCUGUGUUAAUCACUGGAGAGCAAUUAUGGACAACCUGAUGACACAUGAUAAGACAACAUUCAGAGAUUUGAUGACUCGAGUAGCUGUGGCCCAGAGCAGUUCUCUCAAUCUUUUUGCAAAUCGGGAUGUGGAGCUAGAACAGAGAGCCAUGCUUCUCAAAAGAUUGGCCUUUGCUAUUUUUAGCAGUGAGAUUGACCAGUACCAGAAAUAUCUUCCAGACAUACAAGAGAGAUUGGUUGAGAGUCUCCGUUUGCCCCAGGUGCCGACUCUUCACUCUCAAGUGUUCCUGUUUUUCAGAGUAUUACUUUUAAGAAUGUCUCCACAACACCUUACCUCUCUCUGGCCUACUAUGAUCACAGAACUUGUGCAGGUGUUCUUACUGAUGGAGCAGGAACUCACUGCUGAUGAAGACAUUUCACGGACAUCAGGGCCGUCUGCCGCUGGUCUGGAGACAACCUAUACCGGAGGUAAUGGCUUCUCCACGUCCUAUAACAGCCAGAGGUGGUUAAACCUCUAUCUCUCUGCUUGCAAGUUUUUGGAUUUGGCUCUCGCAUUGCCCUCUGAAAAUCUUCCUCAGUUUCAGAUGUACCGAUGGGCCUUUAUACCUGAAGCUUCAGAUGACUCAGGCUUGGAGGUCAGAAGGCAGGGCAUACAUCAGCGAGAAUUUAAGCCGUAUGUAGUUCGACUUGCAAAACUUCUUCGGAAAAGGGCAAAGGACGAGGAGGACUUUAAGAUUUUGGAGGGAAUGGAGAUGGCCAAGCAUCAGAAGAAUCCAGAGGAAGACAGCUCGGGGAGGACACUGGGCUGGGAACCGGGGCACUUGCUACUCACUCUCUGCACCAUGCGCAGCAUGGAGCAGCUUCUGCCCUUCUUCAACGUCCUCAGCCAAGUCUUCAACAGCAAAGUCACAAGCCGGUGUGGGGGACAUUCUGGGAGCCCCGUCCUCUACUCCAACUCCUUUCCAAACAAGGACAUGAAACUGGAGAACCAUAAAGCAUUUUCCAGUAAAGCCAGGCAAAAAAUCGAAGAGAUGAUAGAAAAGGAUUUUCUGGAAGGAGUCAUAAAAACUUGACCACCACCAGUGAUUCCCCAGAGUCUCAAUGGAAAUGUAAUUAUUUAAAACACACUGCUCUCUGAGUUGUAUAGUUUCUUUUCCUUUUAUAUAUAUAUGUAACAAAACACUCUUCAGGUUGUAUUUAAUUUAAAUAUUUGUAAAUAAGAGCUUAUGUCUGAAUGUGGCCUGAAUCAAGUUUAAAUAUAGUUGGCUCAUACUGAUGAUGGUGCCUACGAGAGCUCUAUAUAUGCAUAUACAGUCCAUGGUUUCGCUGUCUUGGGUUGUCUUUAAACCUGCAAAAUAUACACCAUGUUUUUUGUUUUCCCCUGA